UGAUAACUAGAAAAAAAUAAAGCUGUCUUGAUGCUUGGUGGUAAGAUUUGAUAGUGCCCAAAAAAUACCUAGUGAAAUUAAAUGUAUUCAAACAAUAUUUAAUGGGGUGGUAUCUGUAAACUUGUUUUAAAAUAGGCAAAUAGCGCAUAAACUUCUUGGUGUUCUGGAAUAGUGAGUCUUAUAUGUUAUAAAUAGUAUUAACAUGUUGCCUGGGAACUCCAUCAAUGUCAAAGUAAUAUUGGAGCUAUUGCAGGGAACGUUAAAACCCAAGGAAAUUGUAUAUAUUACAAAGUUUUAAAUAUUAGGCUGUCAUGAUCUCUCUAGUACAAGGCUAUAGAAAUUAAGAUCUAAUUUUCAAUUUUUCUUUGCCUGAGAAACUGAUGACAGAAAGAGAAUGUUUUUCUUUAUCCCUUUUAACAGCAUGAUUUUACCAUUGUCUUGAUUUAUUACCUUGUUCUGUCUGGUUAUUAAAAUGACCUUGUUUCUUUCCAAAGCCUCAUAUAGACCUUUCAGUGAGUGUAUCACGCCUUCCUGACAAGCCUGCCCCACACUGUUUUCUGGUGUGUUCUUUGUAGAAUGUGAGCCAAUAGAAGCGAUAGCCAAGUUUGACUACGUUGGGCGGUCUGCCAGAGAAUUGUCCUUCAAGAAGGGUGCUUCCCUCCUGCUGUAUCACCGCGCGUCGGAGGACUGGUGGGAAGGAAGGCACAACGGGAUUGAUGGGCUGGUACCCCACCAGUACAUAGUGGUCCAAGAUAUGGAUGAUACAUUUUCAGACACUCUGAGCCAGAAAGCCGACAGCGAGGCCAGCAGCGGGCCGAUAACUGAAGACAAGUCUUCAUCCAAGGACAUGAACUCCCCUACAGACCGACAUCCUGAUGGCUAUUUAGCCAGACAAAGAAAAAGGGGAGAGCCACCCCCUCCGGCAAGGCGUCCUGGCAGGACCAGUGAUGGCCAUUGCCCCCUCCACCCCCCACACGGUCUUUCCAACUCCUCAAUUGACCUGGGGUCCCCAAGCCUGGGCAGUCAUCCCCGGGGCCUGCUGCAGAAUCGUGGCCUCAACAACGACAGUCCUGAGCGGAGGCGUCGGCCAGGCCACGGCAGCCUGACCAACAUCAGCCGUCACGACUCCCUCAAGAAGAUCGACAGCCCCCCUAUUAGAAGGUCCACGUCGUCAGGGCAGUACUCGGGCUUCAACGACCACAAGCCGCUGGACCCAGAGACAAUCGCUCAGGAUAUCGAAGAGACGAUGAACACUGCUUUGAACGAACUCCGAGAGCUGGAAAGACAGAGUACGGCAAAGCAUGCUCCCGACGUGGUGCUGGAUACCUUAGAGCAAGUGAAGAACUCUCCCACCCCCGCUGCCUCCACCGAAUCGCUCAGCCCUUUGCACAGCGUCGCCCUCAGGAGCUCAGAGCCUCAGAUUCGUCGGAGCACUAGCUCCUCCAGUGACACGCUGAGUACUUUCAAGCCUGCGGUGGCACCCAGAAUGGGCGUGCAGCUGAAGCCCCCAGCCCUGCGGCCGAAACCUGCUGUCCUUCCAAAAACAAACCCGACCGUGGGACCCGCCCCGCCUUCCCAAGGCCCAGCAGACAAGUCCUGCACAAUGUAACACCCACCGGAGCGUGGUCAUCUGGGGUGAUGAUUAAAAAGAGAAGACGGAUUAGUGACAAAAGUCAACGAUCCAUAACUUGCGUUAGUCACGUGCUUAUAACUGGAGAUCUUUUGGCUUUUCUAUGUUCUGGAAUGUAAUGUCUGAGAUUAGCUAAAUUAACACGGGCAUUUGUAUUUUGUAAUUUCUUUUUUUUUUUUAAUAACUGGACAUAUGCCAUUUUAAAGACAAUAGAAACACUUAGACUUACUUGAAAAUCCAAUGCUGCACCGUUUGUAAUGAAGACAGCACCGCUCUGCCCUGCACAUUGCACAGUGCUUCAGGCUUAGAGAAGCCCGGUGAGUCAGAAAGGCCGGCGUCUCAAGGCAGGAGAGUCUGCAGUGCCAGGCCCUGGAGUGAAACCGCUGUUGGUCGGUGGCACUUGGGGUGAGGCUGAAAGGUGACGAUGGGACUGUUUAGUAGCUGACAGUGAGUACCUCUGAUCUCAUGCCGCGGGGCUGAGACCAGCCCUUGCUGCAUACUUGCUGUUGUCACAGUGGGCUGUUCCCAGUGGGAUUUGCAGCACACUGCCCGAACGAGUAGGAUGAUUGUCUUUUUCCUAACAGUUGUUUCCCUGGGCCCAGGUUAAAUCUUAGCAGGGGGCGCUAGACUCUCUGCAGUUACUGCGCCAACUACAUCUGGGAGAGGAGAGGGGGACAGUCCCCCAGAGCUCCUGCUGGACUCUCCCUGAGCCUGAUCAGGCCCCGGGAGGGUUUCCAAGUCCAUCCGCUGCAUUCAGCACAGACCAGAACAGUCUAAUUUUCAAGACUUUCUGGUUACCCUAUUGCAUCCACUCCUUCAGAGAUCUGUUGUUGCCUAGAAAGUAACUUCCAGCUCCCGUGAAGCCCUGUGUUUUCCUCUUCAGCAGUGGAGAAAGUGCUUGGUUCACCGGGCCUUCUCUUCCCCUGACUAGAGGGUCUGGGCUCCCCUAAACAUGCUGCAGAGACCUGUUGAUCCUAAAUUGAAUCCCCAGCUCCCCUCGCCAUCUGUCUCUUCGAGCUGUGGUCUGCUAAGAGCCAGGCCCAGGCGGGAAGACGACCCUGUGGUUCCAGGAUGGUCUCCUUCCAGUUGCUCAGCCUGGAACCAGGGCUGGCUUGGUUUUUUCCCCAACUGGUCUCUACAUCAUUCACAUGGUCAGGUCCGUUCCAUCGGGAUCCUCUUUCUCUGACAUCAUCACCCAUAGACAGUUUUUCUUUAGCCCAUAUUUAUGUUCUGUUUCCCUCUAUCUUAAAAAGAAUACCUUGAACCCAGUUUGUUUUUUCCUAAGGUACAGAUCACCGCUGUUCUAUCAGCAGCCACUUAUCCAUCUGUAAGCAUUUUAUCGACUCUGUCAUUGAACUUACUGAUGAAGAGGGUUUGUUUGUUUGCUUUGGGAUUUUUUUCCCCCUAAAAAUGGAUAGCCAGAACUAAUACCUCUGGACCACUUUGACUUCAAACUGGCAGCCAAUCGCAUGCCCACCUAAGAGUUACAGUAUGGACUUUGAUUUCUCAGCUCAAUGGGGAAUGCAUCAGUGUGGGAAAAAAAUGGGGAUCUGUACUAAAAUCAAGAUCGUUACUUUGAUCUCUACCUCAGUUUGCCAGUCUGAUCAUUCUAAUGCAAAGAGAGGUUUCAUUUAUGAGAUACUGUUACCUUUGAAAGUCACACUGCUGGUUGCUUGCCUGCAGCCUGAUUUCACAAAUGGACUAAAUAGUGAAAAAAAUUACUUCAGGUAUUUCCAGGUGUUGUAAACCUCUGAAUUUUUGCAGCCAUCCUUUUCACCCAUUUUGAUAAAGAGGCCCAGCUCAGCAUCUUGUGCAACCCUCCCAACCUUUUUCUUGAGCUUUAUGAGUCUUUCAGCACCUUUGGACACCAUGGAAACCCAGCCAGGACUGAGCUCUGAGUAGCACCAACCCUUCUGGACAAUCUUCCCAAAUGUCUGGAACAUUGAAACUUUUAAGAUAAUCUCCCAGUUCUUUCUCGAUUCCACUUUGGUCUCUUCAUUCUCUGUUGUCCAAUAGGGAAACAGAAACAGAGAAAGGGGUGGAAGUAAUGGUAGAGGAGACUUUAAAUCUUUUAGAAAUUAAAAUAAAGAAGAUUCUUAAAAACCACUUCCUUAUUUGAUGGGAGAGUAAGGUGUUAACAGAGGGCAUCAAAAGAAAAGAGAUGUUUUGAACUUACUCAUUUGGGGAGGGUUCCUGUACAAGCUUUAACUUAGUGUUCCAGAUCUUACUCGUGCAACGCCAUUUCUUCAGACGUCUCCCUGGUAACCUUCCCCAGUGUCUCGUCCCUUUGGCGUUGACACCUGUGAUGGAAUGAGGACUGCCUUUCCACCCUCCACACCAGGACUCCGCUGCCUUGGAAGGCAGAGGACAUGCUGCUCCAGACCUCAGAGGCUGUGCCUUCUUCCAGGAAACAGCUCCUAACACUCUCCCAUCACUUCCUUCUUCACCUGUCUCUGUCUUUCUCUAUUACUCUGUUGUCGCCUGAGGCUUUUUUUUCCCUUCAAUUCCCAGGAAAGGAUGUGACCUCAGAGUGAGUAAGGACUCAAUAAGAACUCACUUAUCCUUCCUUUGUUUAGUCAAAGUCUAAGAUUCCAAGGAUAAGACAAGGUGGCCCCUUCACAAAGGAUCAAAAAUAACACCCAGUGAGUUCCUUCAAGGGUUUACCUGCAAGUGGGCCUCUUGGCAGCCACAGGUGUAGCCCACAGUGGGGAAGUGGGAAGGCACAAGGAAUGGGAAGAGAAGAAAGAAAAUAAGCUCCUAAAAGGUUACACCCCGCUUUUAAGAAUCUUAUCAUAGGUCCUCGUGCAGUUUGGGAAGUGAAUCAUUUUGGUGAUGGGUAAAUGAUAGUUCUACAAAGGUUACCUGACUCCACUUACACAAGAAUAUAUACUCACAGAUAAUAUAACUGAAUGUUCACAUCCCAUCCAUAGAACUCACUUAAGUAGAUUUACCAAAUUGGCCUUUGGGUUUGGGUGAGGAUGCUUGCAGUGAAUCAUUAGCACAGAGUGAACGGUUCUUAAAACAUACUUUCUGAUGAGUGUUCUAUAAAUUAUUUCAAGUUGUUGAAUGGCCCUUUGUAGAGCUCCAUGUUCAAGUUGGGCAUAAAUGCCAUUGUUUAACAAUUUUGCACAUUUUCACACAAUGUAAUCUGACUUUGAUGCCCCUUGAGCAAUCCAUAGAAUAUUGUACAGCAGGGUCCCACUUAAUCUACUGAAAUGAAUAUAAGCAGUGAUCAAUGAAUAUAGAGCACCAAGGGACAAAUGGUAUGAGUUUUCUGUCUUUGUACUUUUGCCAUUCCCAAAAAUGGGUUCAUAAUUUAAUUAAGAAAAAGGGGGGGAAAAAACAGGGACAUGGAGGUCUCUUUAGUAUUUGGGAAUGAGACAUAGCCUCUAGGGUCUAUAAACUAAAGAAACUUUAGUUUGGUAAUUACAGUCUCUGAAAUCCAAAGUUAAAGAGCCUAUGGUUCUGCUGGGUUUGGAAGACCUCAGAUUUGGGAUGUCAUUCCUGACCACAGUAAUGAGAGGCCAUGAAUGCAGGAAAUGCACUGGGGGCUGUCUUGGCUCUGAGUUACCUCCCAUAGAGACUUAGAACUGUGGGGCAGCUUAUAAGUGAAGACUCUUCCCACGGAGCUCCCUAGUGGAGGCUAGCACCUGAGCUGAAAGCCAACCUCCAGCUGGGCUGGGGUGUCAGGCGUGGAGCAGAGUGACUUUGGCACAGCUUUGUUCAAAUCAAUAAAACAAACUGGAAAUUGAGCUUUCACUUACCCACCCAAGUAUACCUUCUUUAAAAAUAAAAAAAACAGAGUCUGUAUUAUAAUCGAAAUGGUACCUGUAUCUUAAAAUUACGUAGGGAAUUUUGUAUGUUUAAAUAAUUGUACUGGGUUCCAUAACACUUAUCUUAGAAACUGUUUAGUAAAAGAAAAUAUAUAAACCGUGCAUUUGUGAAUGCCCCCCUUUAGAACAUUCAUCCAAGUUCAAUGUAUAGUGUGAUGGUUAUUAGACGUUUAAAGUAUAGUAAGUGGCUGUGUGACAGGAGAGACUGCUAUUUACCUACUGACUUCAGAGUUAACUCCUGCCCACGUAAUUAAAUCAGUAUUGUCCUUUCCUGUUGGUCUGAUCAGUUGCAGUACUGGUGGCUUCCUGCUUGUGACUGUUACCUAAUCGUGUCAAUGUACAUCUGUCGUAUGUACAUGUGAAAGUGCCUUUCUAUUUUAGAGGAGUCUUAGCCUUGCUCUUUGCUGUUGCCCCACACACUCCCCCCCCACACCCAAUUCCUCCGCCCACUUGAGUGUUUUGAAACUUCACUCCACUCUCUCCCAGCUUCUUCGCCACGCCCACCUUUCUAUGCCUCGGUGCUCAGUAUUGUCAGUCUUGCAUCCUCAUCCGUCACGGUCAGGUCAUGGUCAUCAGACAUCGUUUUCCUCUUAGCCGUGACUGUGCCUUUCCCUGCCCACAGCCACUCUCUGGGGCCCCGACACCUCACCCGCUCCCCUCUCCUGCUCACGUGCUGCUGAUGGCCAUCCUGUCCUCCUCGGCUCUGUGCUGCCUCUUACCAUGACAUUUCCUCGUCUCUGAGGUGAAAGUAAAGGGGGAUGCUUUUCUAGUUCUGGAAGGGAAAAAAAAAAUGUUUUGUUAAUCUGUUGUGACAAUGCACUUUUAUGUAUAGUACUGUACAUUUUAGCAUGUACCAUUCCAGGCUUCAGUAUACAGUCAGGUCUGUUCUUCACGGUGUAUCUUUAUAAUAAAUAAGAUAGUUCUGGC